AUGGACGUGUUUGUGCAGUCAUCAUUUCUGCUUUUGGUAACCCUCGAGAGCAAUGUGACUACGAGCGUCCCUGCGGCACAUAAACCCAGUGCCGUGCUAGGAAUGGGCUGUGUGUUGGUCGCCCCAAACCUGCUACUUUUGCUCAAGAGUCUGUGGAAGUUCUUUUUCAAAAGAUCUGAAAAACCAUCCAGGAAAAGCAUUCUGUGGGUCCUGAGUGUUGAAUCCCUUGUGGCUGUUGGAGAGGUGAUCCUCACAGUGUUGGCCAUGCCUCAGCUUGACAUCAUCACUAACACAACGAUCUUGAACAGUGUGUGCAUCCUGUCAGCGGUGUUCCAGGUAGCCACUGAGUGCCUUGCAAAAGAGAAAAAAAGAGUCUUAAUGUCACCAGCCAGCUCCGUCCUCUUCAUUCUUCUUGGCUACACACUUUUCCUGAUUGGUUAUUUGGGGACUGAGGAGUCCACCGCCCAUGUGAAGACCUCUGUUGGUCUGGCCAUCAUAGGAACCAUUGUGUCUUUGAACUGGUGGGAAAACUACAGCACACUUUUCAAAAUCUCCUUACUGGAAGAGAUCUGCAAAGACAUGGCCAGGUCGCAGAACAUGGUGUGUAUUUUGUCUGCUGUGGUGAAAAUCCUCAUCACGGCAGCUGUGGUUGGAGCCAGUGUCGCUCCCUCAGACUGGUCCUCCGUGACGGCAGCCCCUGCGAGCGUGAGCACCACCGUCUUCGGCUUGGUGGGCAUCCAGAUCGCCUCAUCUGCCCUGUGCCGUUGGUUUGUGGUGGUAGCCUUCAAGAUGCACGCCCUGCGACGCUGCUUUCUCGUGCCCAUGUACCUGGCUUCCCUCACCGUCCUGUCCAUUCUCUUGGGUCUGCUCGCUGCCGAGGUCACCCAGCGGUCCGAUUCGAGCAGUACGUUUUGCCAAAGUGGGCUGCCGGGGGCGAACUCUACCAUGGCUUGGUUUGGUCGGCUGAUGAAGGAUGUCACAGCGAGCCUGUGCGCUCGGCAGGUGGUGUCAGAAACGCGUGUCGGGGGGCUGGUGGUUCUGGGAUUGAGUGCUCUGAGCUGGUGGCUGGGACUGGUGCUUAGCACAGUGUAUAUCUGGUUCCUGAAGAUCCGGCGCAUAGAGAGGACUCAGGACCUGUUCCUGAAGCACAUGUACGAGGGCGCGUUCCUGGAGCAGUCCAUGCUGCUGGACACCCGCUUUGAGAUCAGGAGCAGGAAUAAGGAGGAAGGACUGAAAGAAACUGUCACAGUAUAUCUGUGUGCAACAAUGUGGCACGAAACAUAUGACGAAAUGAUGAAAAUAAUCAUUUCAAUGUUCCGGCUUGACAAAUAUCGGCCAAAAAUAAAUAAACACAAUGAUGUCAUGUUUGAAUUCCAUAUUUACUUUGAUGACGCCUUCAAGGAAACGCAUCAUAUACAGCAUGUAAAUGAGUAUGCCGAGACCCUAGUGGAAGUGAUCAAAGAAGUAUACGUCAAUUUUAGUGAGGAGGACCCGUGUAUCUUCAACAACAAGCCCCACCUCCCUCAGCAGAAGAUCAUUAGCGCCCCCUACGGAGGGCGGCUGGAAUACACACUUCCUAGAGGCAACGUGAUGAUGGUUCACUUGAAGGACAAACAGCUGAUUCGCCACAAAAAGAGAUGGUCCCAAAUCAUGUAUUUGUACUAUCUCCUUGGCUGGAGACUCAACAGGAAGUACUUUAAGAUGUUUGAGGAGGGAGGGAAUGUGGACACACUGAAGGAGAACCUGAAGAGAGAGAAGGAGAAGACGUAUAUCCUGGCCCUGGAUGGAGACACAGACUUCCAACCCUCUGCCGUGAUGUUGCUAAUUGACAGAUUGAAGCUCUAUCCAGAGGUAGGAGCUGUGUGUGGACGCAUUCACCCCACUGGCACAGGUCCCAUGGUGUGGUAUCAGAAGUUUGAGUACGCGGUGGGUCACUGGCUCCAGAAGACGGCGGAGCAUGUGUUUGGCUGUGUGCUCUGCAGUCCUGGCUGUUUCAGCCUCUUCAGAGCCUCUGCCCUCAUGGAUGACAACGUGAUGAAGAGAUACACCACUAAAGCAACCGAGGCCAGUCACUACAUACAGUACGAUCAGGGAGAAGACCGGUGGCUGUGUACCCUACUACUGCAGCAGGGCUGGAGGGUGGAGUACAACGCGGCCUCGGAUGCCUACACCAACGCGCCGCAGGACUUCACAGAGUUCUACAACCAGCGGAGACGCUGGGGGCCGUCCACCAUGGCAAACACCGUCAACCUGCUGAGCUCCGGAGGUCUGACCUCUGAGAGGAACAGCUCCAUCUCCAAGCUGUACAUUCUUUACCAGGUCAUCAGCAUGGGAGCAUCCAUCUUGGGUCCAGCUACCAUCUGCCUGAUGAUCGCAGGAAGUUUUACGUUUGUUCUGAAUAUGGAACAAAAUACUGCUCUUAUUCUGGCCACAGCGCCCCCUGCUGUUUACCUGGCACUGUGCUUCAAGCUCAAAGCCGACACACAGAUCCAGAUAGCAGCGCUCAUGAGCAUCCUGUAUGCGUUUCUCAUGACAGGGACCAUUCUCUCCAUCAUAGGUGACAUAGUCAAGCAGCAGACGUUCAUGACGCCCAGCGGCCUUUUCAUCAUCGGCAUGACGCUCCUGUACAUCACAACGGCGGCGUUUCACCCUCAGGAGUUCUCCCUGAUCAUCUACGGGGUCCUCUACUUCCUCUGCAUCCCCAGUGGCUAUCUGCUACUGACCAUCUACUCCAUCGUCAACAUGAACAAUGUCACGUGGGGAACGCGCGAGACUGGGGGCAAAGCUAAGACUGUGGCGGUGCGCACCCUCAGGAGGCAGGUCCUCGAGGCCACGUGUUACCAGUGUCCAUGCUGGAACCACGAGCACAGCAGAAGGGAGGACACAAUUGAGAAGGAACCUCUGCUGGGACCCACCACGUCGCCGCAUAAAGAUCCACAGGUUCACGUGGCUUCUGAGGAGAAUGGAAGUUCCCAUGAGAGCCUUGCACCACAAAUAUCUAAAGAUUGGAUUGAAGCUCUACAGAUCAAAUUUUAUGACUUCCCACUAGAAAGGGACACACUGUCAGAGGAUGAAUUUGAGUUUUGGAAACAGCUUCAGAAAAGAUAUUUAGAACCUCUUCAAGAGAACAAAGAACAGCAAGAAAAAAUUGCAAAAGACCUUAAAGACUUGAGAAACAAGGUGGCAUUUGUCUUCUUCAUCUGCAAUGCCCUCUGGUUAGUUGCCACCUUGUUCCUCCAGACCAUCGGUAGUGCCGUCACGCUGUCUAUUCCAAAAAUAUACCCAAACGGGUCUGUUGCAGUGGGGCAACGAUUUUUCAUCGAUCCAAUAUCCUUGAUGUUCCUCUUGAGCUUCUCAGUGCUGCUCUUUAUACAGUUUUUUGCAAUGCUCUACCAUAGAAUCUACACGUUGAUUCAUUUUGUGGCCUAUGUUGACACAGAGAGAAAAGCUGUGAGAAAGCACUCUUAUGAGGAGAGAUACACACUUGACCAUAAGGUUCCUGAAGUUUUUGAAAUGAACUCCAAACAUGAGGCAAAGCAUGAGACAUUAUGCAUAGAGAACCCAGCUACUGUUAAUGAAAGGUGUGGUCUGGGAAGUAAGAGUGACAUGCGUAAAGGGUGUGGUCUGGACAGUAAGACUGACAUACGUAAAGGGUGUGGUCUGGACAGUAAGAGUGACAUGCGUAAAGGGUGUGGUCUGGACAGUAAGAGUGACAUGCGUAAAGGGUGUGGUCUGGGCAGUAAGAGUGACAUGCGUAAAGGGUGUGGUCUGGACAGUAAGAGUGACAUGCGUAAAGGGUGUGGUCUGGGCAGUAAGACUGACAUACGUAAAGGGUGUGGUCUGGGCAGUAAGAGUGACAUACGUAAAGGGUGUGGUCUGGGCAGUAAGAGUGACAUGCGUAAAGGGUGUGGUCUGGGCAGUGAGAGUGACAUGCGUAAAGGGUGUGGUCUGGGCAGUGAGAGUGACAUGCGUAAAGGGCGCGAUCUGGGCUCUGCUGUAUGA